GCUCCAGUGACUCUUGGUGUAGUGCAUCUGUGCGAAUACCUUAGUGUCCUCCUGACAUUUGCACAAUCACAUCUAGCGAUAGAAUAACUCGAUGUUUACAUAUCAAUUAUUUCGAUAACUUUCUCAUCUAAAUUGACAGAAAUCAUGGUGAUGUGCAUGAUUUCUAUCCUUCAUCAUGGGCAACGUUUCGCCCCGAUGUAGCCAUUGAAGCGAUUAGUCUUUUUGAUAAUUUGGGACGAGAAGCAUCAGUCAUAUUCGACAAAUCAAUACCUUUCCUUUGAAAAUCGGAACAAUGCGAAAAGCCUGAAAUUGCAUUGAACGAUUCAUCGGAGUUCAGAAUGAUAAAUACAAAGAGUGAAAUAGAAGCUGAAAAAGAUGAUGCUGACUGCCAACUUCUUCCCGAUACGUCGAGGAAAACUCCUCCGAUCUUUCUGGACUCGGAUGCAGCGUCCACUUGUAUCAGAAAUGCGAUCGAAAAAGAAUCACAAGACGUAGAGGAGACGACCUGCGGUAUUUGGUGUUUUCGUGGUCCCACUUUUCAAAAAUUCGCAAAUAAAAGAGCAUAUGUAGUUUUGUACGGCAUCCUCGGUUGCGCUUUUUCCGCUAGUUAUGCUUACUUCAAUGGCACCAUCACCACGAUGGAGAGGAGAUUCAAAAUAUCAUCGAAAACUACUGGGUUCAUUACAAUUGGCACGGAUGUAUCAGAAAUUUUUGGAUCUGUAUACUGCUACUACGCUGGUAAAGGACAUCGACCAAGAUGGAUGGCUGUUGGAAUUUACCUGAUAAUGUUAUACUGCUGUUUAUCAAUGCUCCCCCAUUUUUUAUACGGUCCCGGUGAGGACGCUCUCCAACUAACGAAAAAGUAUAAUCGAUCAUAUCAUCAACCAGACGCCAACGAAUUACAGCAUGAAGAUAGAGAGACGAAAUUUCUCUGUAAUCUAGAUCAUAAUCAGACCACCAGAUGUGUUGAAUCGGAUGGACAUUUCGCUCCACCAGUUAUUUUAUUCAUAGCCCAGUUGAUCGGCGGAGUAGGAAGUAGCUUAUUUGGGACGUUGGGAGUCUCUUACAUGGACGAUAAUUUUGAAAAAGCACAGACACCAGCACUGGUGAGCUUUUCAUAUUUCUUGAGGCUUCUGGGACCCGCAGCUGGAUACUCUCUCGCUUCAUUUGCUCUGAAGUUCUAUAUAAGCCCUACAAUGAGACCAACGAUCACUCCAGAAGAUCCGAGGUGGUUAGGAGCCUGGUGGAUGGGCUGGAUAAUUCUUGCAGUCUUCCUCUUCGUCCUCGGCAGCAUUGUAGGCCUUUACCCAAAGGUCCUUCCUCGCGCAGCGGCCAGGAAGAUGCUUCUUUCGACAAAACGAAAGACCAAUAACGUAGUAGUUCCAGAUGAAUCAGAUGAGAUGAAUCAGCCUGUGAUUAAGAAGACCUGGCUUCAAUCAGUCGACACCGAAGAACACCUGAAGCGUCAGAGUUCCGAAGAUCAGAUGAAGCAAGACUCGGAAACACCAGCUUCAUUGAAAGACAUGUUUCAAACCUUCAAACGCCUCCUGACUAACAAAAUACUGAUGUGCAACACCUUCGCAGGUGUCUUCUACGUUCUAGGAUUCCAUCCCUACUGGAUCUUCAUGCCAAAAUACAUAGAGACUCAGUAUAAACAAUCAGCGUCCUUCGCUUCCUUAGUUACCGGAACAGUCGGUCUGGUCUUCAGCGCUAUUGGGAUUCUCAUCGCAGGCAUCGUAAUCUCGAAGUUCCAACCAAAGGCCAGAUACUUGGCCAUCUGGAAUAUCGUUAUCGAUGUCAUUGCGGUUAUGGCGAUAAUUUCGUUCGUUUUUCUCGGAUGUUCCGCUAAUGAUAAUCAGGCGAUGGUGUCGGAUUCUCUAGGGAGACAGUCCUCGUGUAAUGGAGAAUGCCAUUGUGACUAUGUUACGUAUAACCCUGUGUGCUCGGAGGACAGAAGAACAUUCGUCUCCGCGUGCCAUGCGGGAUGUCAAACAGUCACGGUCAAGUCCGAUGGCACGAACAUCUACUCCAAUUGUUCAUGCAUCAAAUCAAGAGACGAUGUCGUCCCUUUUAAUGAUGCUAACUCGAUACUACCGAAUUAUAGAAUAACCAAAAUUGGAAAGGUCCCAGAAUCUUUGUACUCUGUUGGAACUGCAACGUCAGGACCCUGCCCAGUUGAUUGCCAACUAGUGUUCUAUCUUUUUCUAGCUGUUAUCUGUCUUCUCAAGUUUUUCGGUUCCUCCUCGCGAGCUUCGAACUUCCUAAUCACUAUUAGAUGUGUUAAGGAAGUUGACAAAACCGUAUCUGUGGCUCUCGGCAUGACUAUCAUCGGACUGUUCGCUUUCAUACCAUCACCGUUGCUUUUCGGUUCGAUUAUCGAUAAUACUUGUCUAGUUUGGGGGAAAACCUGUUCAGGAACUGGAAAUUGCUGGCUGUAUGACAGUGAAUUACUUAGGUAUUCGAUGAACCUCACUGCUGCAACCAGUCAAUUGCAAUUAAAGGAAAACGACGUCCGGCGAGGUUUCCCUCAUGUGGUGACCAAUCUAAGGUUUCGUCACGAUUGGAACAUUGUUCGACGUUGGGGUUUGGUAUUUCGUCAAGGAUUUGAACAUUUUCGACGAAGAUAUUGAACUACCAGUCAUUUCGAAGAAAUGAAAUGAAUGAAUCUGCAGGGAAAAGGGUUCAUUUAAAAUUGCUGGUGGAGUUGUGGAAGGUUUUGAGUGAUGAGAUCAUUAAUUGGCUACAUAAUAAAACUUUAUUUAUAUGAUUGUGAA